UGCAGUUUCCAGAUUUCCUCAGCCCCCCCAAGGAGCCAGCAUGGACAAUCUCCUUCCUAGUUUCAAAAGCAGGUUUGUUGUCCUGAAGGUCACAUUCUGAGCUGAGGAGUGUAAAGGUAACCACUUGUUUUUUGUUUCAAAGAUCUGCCCCAAAGAUAGGCUGUUGCUCUUCUUCUGGAAAGCCUGAUCGGUAGGAUUCCUUCAGGGACUCAGCCCAAAGUGCUUCCUCUCUCAUUCCCUCACCAACUUCAAAACUAAAGCUUGCCUAGAACCUCUGGACGAAAACCGGCUGGAUUCCGUCAUUUCACACAAAUGGCUAAUCCUGGAGGUGGUGCUGUCUGCAACGGGAAUCUGCACAAUCACAGGAAACAGAGCGACAGCCUGCAAAGUGGAAACUGCACGAAAAAUGGAAUAGUGAAAGAAGCCCAGCAAAAUGGGAAACCACAUUUUUACGAUAAGCCAAUUGUUGAAUCCUUUGAGGAAGCACCUCUUCAUGUUAUGGUUUUCACUUACUUGGGAUAUGGACUUGGAACCCUAUUUGGCUAUUUCAGAGACUUUCUGAGGAACUGCGGAAUAGAAAAGUGCAACGCAGCCGUAGAACGAGAAGAACAAAAAGAUUUUGUGCCACUUUAUCAAAACUUUGAGAACUUUUACACGCGGAACCUGUACAUGAGAAUCAGAGACAACUGGAACCGGCCCAUCUGCAGCGCCCCGUCGGCUCUGUUCGACGUGAUGGAGAGGGUGUCAGACGACUAUAACUGGACAUUUCGGUUUACUGGAAGAAUCAUUAAAGAUGUGAUCAACAUGGGCUCAUAUAACUUCCUUGGCCUGGCUGCCAGUUAUGAUGAAUCUAUGAAGACGGUAAAGGAUGUUUUAGAGCAAUAUGGCUUAGGUGUGGCCAGCACCAGACAUGAAAUGGGAAGUUUGGAUAAACACAAAGAGUUGGAGAACCUUGUGGCUGAGUUCCUGAAUGUAGAAGCAGCUAUGGUCUUUGGGAUGGGAUUUGCAACUAACUCAAUGAAUAUCCCAGCACUAGUUGGAAAGGGAUGCCUCAUUUUAAGUGAUGAGUUAAACCAUGCAUCUCUCGUACUCGGGGCCCGACUCUCAGGUGCAACCAUAAGGAUCUUCAAACACAACAACAUGCAAAGCCUAGAGAAGCUCCUAAGAGAUGCUGUAAUCUAUGGCCAGCCUCGAAUCCGCAGAGCUUGGAAGAAGAUUCUCAUCCUAGUUGAGGGCAUCUACAGCAUGGAAGGUUCCAUCGUGAAUCUGCCCCAGAUCGUGGCUCUAAAGAAGAAAUACAAGGCUUACCUCUACAUAGACGAAGCUCACAGUAUUGGGUCCGUGGGCCCAACUGGCCGGGGUGUUGUAGAAUUCUUUGGACUGGACCCUCGAGAUGUUGAUGUGUUUAUGGGCACAUUCACCAAAAGCUUUGGAGCCUCAGGAGGUUACAUAGCUGGAAGGAAGGACCUUGUGGAUUAUUUACGAGUUCACUCACAUAGUGCUGCUUAUGCUACAUCCAUGAGCCCACCGAUAGCAGAGCAAAUCAUCAGAUCAAUGAAAUUUAUCAUGGGACUGGAUGGAACCACACAAGGGCUUCAGAGAGUACGGCAACUUGCAAAAAAUACAAGAUACUUCAGACAGAGACUGAACGAAAUGGGAUUCAUUAUCUAUGGCAAUGAGGAAUCUCCCGUCGUUCCCCUGCUCCUUUACAUGCCUGCUAAAGUAGCGGCUUUUGCAAGGCAUCUAUUAAAUAGAAAAAUCGGGGUAGUGGUCGUUGGAUUUCCAGCUACUCCCCUCGCAGAAGCUCGGGCUCGGUUUUGUGUUUCAGCAGCACAUACCCGGGAGAUGCUAGACACGGUUUUGGAAAACCUGGAUGAAAUGGGUGAUCUCCUGCAACUGAAGUAUUCCCGGCACAAGAAGUCAGCGCGCCCUGAACUCUAUGAUGAGACAAGCUUUGAACUGGACGAUUAAGUCUCCUGGUCCUGAAUUGCACCUAAAGACUUUGCCAGAAAGACCUCCCUCCCUGCCUCAAAAGGAACAUAAAUGGAUUUCUCCCCCUUUCUAAGGACAAUUUUGGUUUCUGAACCAGCUGAAUUGAACUGAAGGAAAUGUCAUGUUUUUAAUGUCUCCAAUCCGGAACUGCAAAGACAAAAAUAUGGUUCCAGAUUUUAACUUUUCUCCUCAUCCAAGUAUCCUGCUACAAACACAUGCACACACAUGCAUGCGCACACGUGCACACACACACACUCACACGUACACACACACACACACACACACACACACUUCCUAGAACAUUUUUAAUGGCAAUGAGCCUGUGUUUUAGCUGCUACUGUGCAGCCUCUUUGGUCCAGACUCUUUCAGGCAUUCCAACCAAAUGAGAGGGUUUUGAUUUUUAAUUCAGUAGAUUCUCACUCAGUGUUUACUUAUUUCAUCUGCAGACAUGAGCAGAGGUGGUGGGCAGUAGCUGACCUCCUUGUUUCACCCAUGAAUGCCCCAGCUAGAACUCAUCUGUAUCAUGGGGAGCUCCAGGCAGGAGGGUAAAGAAAUAUUGCUUCUACCAUUUGCCACAUUUGGACUUUUUCCAAGGACAAGUGUCAAAAGCCAUAGUUAACGUUUGGAGGGAGAGAGCAGAAUCGGCCAGCAGUGACUAAAGACGCCUUUGAAGGAAACUUUCCUUUUCCUCUCGCUGGUCUCCUACAGUUUUACAGCUGAGCUUUUGAGGUUUGGAAAAUCCAAGACUUUUGUUUUGUAAGGAAGGGGGCAGAAAGCAAACACAAGCCAAUUUUAGGCCUAGACUAAAACUGUAAUGUUAUAGCAACUGGAAGGUUGUCUGUGCCAUGUGGAGUGAAUGUUUAGCUUGCGAACAUAGCCCUUAUUACUUUAAGGAAUGAGUUGUCAUUUUCCUAUUAAAUUUUGAGUAAAUGGUGAGAUUCAAUUUCCUUUAGAGUUGACUCUCAAGACUAUACUUGAAUGUAUUGAUUCAAAAACAACAUUUAAAAGCAACUUCUAUUCACCUUUUUUAACACUGACACCCCCAUUCAGACCUAUUGAGUUCUUACUGUCUGCUGGCACACGAACUCCAAUUCUGGUGUAAAAUAGGCUUAUACACUAUUGAGCGACUAAUUGUAAUUUACCUCCGUUCUCUCUCUGUCUCUUUCUCUCUGUCUCUGUUAUGUCUGUCUGUCUUUCUCUCUUUCUAAAUGUGAACACAAACUUAUCUGGAAUAGUACCCUUUUGCUAAUUGGAUCUAGUUGGUAUGGAAAAAGCCAGUGGAAAACCUUAUCUUUAACAAGCUCCCAGAUGGCUCCCAGAUUUGGAAACUCCAAAGAGCAAUAGUGACCUUUUAGCAAAGCUUCUGUAAUAGUUUGAAUGAGUUACAGAACAUUCCACUCCAUCAAAUGACAGUAUAAACAAAUCACUUCAAGAGAGGUUUGACUUGUGACACAGAUGGACCCAAGCUUUCAUGCUGUGCACCGAGAAAGAAUCCCAGCCUGAAGCACCAGUGUUGGAUACAGCAAUAUGCCCUGAUGCUCACAACUUAUUAAAGGAUAAAGGUGAUCCGUGUAGAGAGCUUUUUAUGGGGAAAGUAUAACCCCUACUAGGUACAUCAGUUUAAAAGUGGAUCACAAUGGUAAAGUUUCUCAUAAACAUUUGUUAGGAUCACUCUUAGCAAAAGAGGAGAGAGAGUGGUUCUGAAAAUGCAGUUGCCCCAUCCCAGGACUAAUAUUGAUAACUAAAUUCCAACUUUUCCCAAUGAAUUGGCAUAGGAUUACUUAUGCAAAGAAAAUAUAUGUAGUAUAAAUGUCCCCAAAAAAGGAAGACAUGUAGGUCUUUUCACUCGAGAAUGUGCACUUAAGUGUGCCUGGGUGGCUCACUCAGUGAAGCGCCGACUUCGACUCAGGUAAUGACCUUGUGGUUCAUGAGUUUGAGCCCCGAGUCAGGCUCUGCACUGCCAGUGUGGAGCCUGCUUG